AAAUCAUAUAUCCAGAAGGUUGUUGCGUGAAUAUUUUACCUCCAGGGCUUUGACUUCCAACAUAAGGUUUCUAGCGUUGAUAAGUUUUAUUCGAUAUGUAUCCUUCUCAUAUUUUGCGCAGAAAACUUCCAAAUAUGUUAAAUACCUCUCUGAUCCUCUGUACUCUCCGGACAGUUUAUCGAAUUCGAAAUCGACGACCUAUCUACAUAUAGUAGGCUUUUCCACCCGAUAAUGGCGUCGCCCUCAACUCCUCAAAAACCAAGUGUCGAAGAAAGAGACUGUUAUUAUUUCGGCCUCUCGGGACAGCCGAAACUGAUAGCCAGAACGAGCUGUGACCCGUGGGUGAAACCGAUUAUUGUAGAGGCAGAAGGAUGGAAUGGACCAAUACAGAGGCCUGCUCGCAAAAAGUAUUCUACAAUUGGUGCCAACAGCGCCAUAGCUUUAAAAUGGUCAUCCGACUUGAUUGCCGAGAACUUUUACGGAAACAAGAUAUUCACGACGUUGAAGUGGAAAUUCGGGAAGGUCGCCGUCACAAUCUCGCUGCCUCAGCGGAGCUUUGAGAGUCUUGUGGAUCUAACCCGGUCACUCCGUCAAUUCAACAGGAUUCUACGGCCUUUACUAUCAUAUCCGGGCAACCCUGUGUCCUAUUACGAUGGUCGACUUGGCCAAGGUACUAUGGGGCUAUACGUAAAACUCCGUGGCGAUGAAUCAAUCUAUGGCCUUACUUGCCGUCAUGUCGUGUGUGCUGAUAGACCCGCCAAGGACAGUUAUAAGUUCUCGGAAGAGUCCGAGCCACAGUACCAUGUCCAAGCAAACACGCGAACUUUCCAAGAUUGCCAGUACUUGACGGGGAACCGAAUCGAGUAUUUAGAGGGCAAGACGAAGUUUCUUUCCCUUAAAAAACAGCGAUGGGACGAUUAUUAUCAUCUGGAUGAAAGUAAAGCUCACUUGCGUUUCGACGAUGGUGACCUUUCCGAUUUGAAAUCGCGGGCCGACGAUCUGGCUUACGGAAAGAGGUUUGUUGAACCUCUCGAGCGACUCGAGGAUAAAAGUGCUAGAAAGAUCGGUCAGCUCAUGUUUCAUUCGUCAAUGGAAUUUCCCACCCAUCAAGAAGGAUACCUGAAGGACUGGGCAUUAAUUAAACUUGACGAGGACAAGUUUUCCGAGAGUCCAAAAAAUUCAAUCUUUGUUGGAGGGCAGAGGCCAGAGGAGAGCCCAAUUGAAGGCCCGAAUAUUAUAAUGGCGUUUCCCGAUGAAGAAAAAGAUCAGAAUGAAUUCAUGCGCCUAAAACAAUGUUGCUAUGAUAUGAAUUCUCAGAGGACAGUCUUUAAGGUCGGGGCUACCUCAGGACUAACAGUCGGACAGAAGAACGAAGUUGAAGCUGUUGUUAGGAAGCCAAAAGAUCUCGAGGGCUGCCCCUACGCUCGGCAAGUAGUUAUCAUUACUGCCAUGGGAAGGUUUUCCGACAAAGGGGACUCGGGUUCUUGUGUAUUCGACGAGCGUGGUCGUAUUGUUGGUCUCCUCACUUCUAGUGAUAACGAGGGAGUCUGGCCUAGCGACGGAAGAAGAAUAUACCCCGGUGGGAACAUGCUGCCGAGACUAGUGCCAACAGACAAGGGGAAACUUGAAAAAAUCGACGACGGGACGGACAUUACGUUUGCUGACCCAAUUCAGUGGGUAUUUGAUGAUAUUGAGAGGCUUACGUCUCGAAAAGUCGAAGUGGUCUAGAUAUAGGAUUGUCUCUGCAGUGGAUCUCAGGUGAGGUAAAGAAGUUGUUAUCCCGUCGCGUGAAUAGGCAAGGAGGAAAACCGGUGUUGGAAUACCUUGUCCAUUGGAGGGGUUAAGUUACCUGAUGGGUGGGUUCAGAGGGCUAAUUGAACGCCCUUAAAAGCCACCAGACAUUGUUUGGCAAAUAUUAGCAAGUGAUAAAUAUAAAUGUAUGUACUUAGUAAGAAACACUUAAUUUUCUAAAUAGGUUUUCUAGAAAAACUGUCCAUCGUUGUA